AUGGCAAAUUCAAAAGUUGUUAUUAAGGAUAAUUUACCUAAUGAAAGAAAGAAUUUUAAAUUACAAACGACAUUAUGUUCAAUAUGUAAUAAUGAGUCUACUGGAAUACAUUUUGGAGCAGAAGCAUGUGGUUCUUGUUCAGCAUUCUUUAGAAGAAGUGUUGUUAUGGGAAAAAUUUAUACAUAUCAUUCUGUUUAUUGUAAAUCAGAAAAUAAAUGGAAAAAAUGUAGAGCAUGUCGUUUACAAAAAUGUUAUGAAAUGGGAAUGAUUAAAUCAGCUGUUCAAAAUAAAAGAGAUGCUAUUGGAAAACAAAGUAAACAGGGAAUCAUUGCUAGAGAAAUAAAUCGAAAAAAUACAUUAUCAAAAAUUAUUAAUAAUAAUGAGAUAAAUAAUUCUUAUUUAAAAUCUAGUAUUUACAAUUCUUUAAAUUUAUCUCAAUCAAAUUUAGAUAAUAAAUUUGAUAUAAAAAAUGAAAAUAUUCUUGAUGAAUUAUAUAGAAAAUAUCAAAAUUUAAAAGAUGAUCGCAAAUUAUUGUAUACAGAAAAAUGUUCAGUCAAAUUAUUUGAUGAUCAUACUAAUUUAGAACCAACAGAAUUAAAUGAUUUGAGUGAAUGUUUAUAUUUAUUAUGGAGAAUAGAACCUCGACUUAUUUUAAAAUUUAUUUCAACAAAUAAAUAUAUUAAUUGUUUACAUCCUGAAGAAAAAUUAAAAAUUUACAAAUAUUUUAUACCAAUUUUUCAAGCAUUAGAAGAACCAUAUUUAACAUGGAUAAAUGGUGGAAUUAAUCUUAAUUUAUGGAUGAUGGCAAAUAAAAAAUAUAUUAAUAUAUCUAAAAUUGAUGAAUAUUUUUCUUCACAAAAUGUUUUUAAUUGUCUAAAUUUAGACAAAGAUACAACUGUAAAAUUAUUUAUUUCAUCAUUUAGUAAUGCUUUAGAAUUUGUUGGUAAAGUUAUGGCUGAAUAUAAUAUAAAUGAAUAUGAAUUUGUUUUUUUAAUUGCAUUAUUAUUAUUUGAACCAACUAUUCCAAAUAUCAGAGAAGAAACAAUAUAUUAUCUUCAAAAAUUAAGAAAUGAUGUUUUUAAUGAUAUGUAUUGUUAUGAAAAAUAUAAAAAUCAUUGUACAAAUGUUGAUGUAAGAAUUGGUAAUAUUAUUAUGAUUUUAAGUGGUGUUAAAAUACAUACUAAAACAGUAAUAAAUAAUCUUCAUAUUUUAAGAAAUUUUUCAAUACAACCAAAAAAUAAAUUAUUUGAUAUGGAUACACUUUUUUUUUUAUAA